AUGAGGUCUUUUGUAAAACAAUUUAUGUUCACAGAAUUAGUCUCCUUAUCAUCUUAAAACUCAAUUAAAAGAUGUUAUAAAGAAGCUAGUGUAGAAAUGGCUACAAAUCCAACCAACCCUUUCCAUUAAUGGAUUAUUAAGGUUAGUUUAAUUGUAUUAUUUUUAGCUUGAUGGAAAAAGUAUAAAGACUUAAAAAAGAAACAUUUUAGCAGUUCCAUCUCCUCAAUUAGCUACUUAUAUUGCUUCAGAAUUCAACAAUCAAAAUUAAAAUAUGUCACCUCUGAGCAUGCAAUUCUUUUUGCUUGCCAGUCAUGCAGUUGAUUUAGACUUCAAUGCUUCAAGUAGGGAAAUAAUGGAAAUGAACUUUAUUAAUAAUUUAUAAAAUGAUGUCAUUCUCAGAAGACAUUAAAAUAAAGAAAAAUAACUUUAAAUAGAAUCUCAAUCAUUUGAACCUUUAUUAGUUCAAUUAAAUAGAAAAUUCAACAUAGAAAUAAGUUCUAAAGAUAAUAGAAAUUAAGAGUUCUUAAAUUAAUAGAGUAAAAUUAAACUUGAAUCAUUCAUAAGAGAAAUGAAUAAUUGGUAAUUAGUGAGCUUAAACUCAAAAAUAGGUAAAAUAAAUAUUUCUAUUAAAUUAGAAAUUCUUGAAUCAUGUUUCUUGGGUUUGAAUUUGUAAUUAGGGUCUAUUGACAUUAAAAAGGCAUUAGCUUUAAGAAACUCACUAAUAGAAUAUGAUAACUUAAAGAAAAAAUCUUUAGAAAAAUAAUAUUAUGAAAAUAAUCUAAAACUCAACCUUGAAGCUGCUUAGUUAUUUUCAUCGUCAAUAAAUACUUAGAGUAUCAUGUAUUGA